AUGGUCUCGCUCAACAGUAUGAAAGAUGGCCCCCAAGUUUCAACUACCUAUGGCGAUGAGGCGGCGCAAGGAGGUCACUUCGUGCCCGCCAAAUACCGGGGUACUGUGAAGGAUCAGGCCGACAUGAGUGCUCUAGGCCGAGAGCAGGUGUUGCGUAGGAAUUUCCGGUUUAUCUCUAUUGUCGGCUUUGGUUGCACAUUGAUCGCAACAUGGGAAGUUAUCCUGACACUACUUGAGCAAGGUCUGACCGAUGGAGGUACCGCUGGCUUGAUCUGGGGUUUCCUCAUCGUCGCGUGUGGAUUUCUGCUCGUUUUCCUCAGUUUAGCUGAAAUGGCUUCUAUGGCUCCGACAUCUGGAGGUCAAUACCAUUGGGUAUCAGAAUUCGCACCUCGUAGUUGCCAGAAGUUCUUGAGCUAUAUCACCGGUUGGCUGUGUGCUAUGGGUUGGCAAUGUGCCAUCGUCUCAAUUGCCUUCCUUGCGGGAACUAUUAUUCAGGGCCUCAUUGUUCUCAACCAUGAUGAUUAUGUCUUUGAGCGCUGGCAUGGAACGCUUUUGGUGAUUGCCAUCACCUUCUUCGGAAUCUUGUUCAAUACCUUCCUCGCCAAGAAGCUGCCUUUCGUCGAAGUCCUGAUUCUUAUCCUCCAUGUCGUCGGGCUGUUUGCCAUCAUCAUCCCUCUCUGGGUUCUCGCACCUCGCAGAACCGCCAAGCAGGUCUUUACGGAAUUCAACAACGGUGGUGGGUGGAACAGCGUUGGAACAGCAACAUUAGUUGGAUUUUCCACUACUAUCACCGCCUUAAUUGGAUAUGACUGUGCCGUGCACAUGUCCGAAGAAAUCAAGGACGCAUCAGAGACCCUCCCGAAGGCAAUGAUCACUUCCGUUCUCAUUAAUGACUGUGCGGGAUUUCUCAUGCUGGUGACGAUCUGUUUCACCUUAGGUGAUAUCAACGACGUGCUCGCAACCCCCACCGGGUACCCAUUUAUUCAAGUCUUCUACAAUGCCACCAAUAGUCUUCCCGGCACGAACACCAUGACUGCAAUCUUGGUUCUUACGCUCACGGCUAGUACGAUUACUGAAUUGGCCACGGCCUCUCGGCAGCUUUGGUCUUUUGCCCGAGACGGAGGUCUUCCCUUUUCUGGGUUUUUUGGAUACGUUACUCCCGGGUGGAACAUUCCUCUUAAUGCGGUGAUGGUUUCUCUCAUGGUAACCGUUCUCCUAUCCUUGAUCAACAUCGGUUCAACAACGGCUCUCUUGGCUAUCGUCACCUUGACCAUCGGAUCACUCAUGUCUUCAUACGUUAUUACAAUUGGGUGCUUGCUGCUGAAGCGGAUCCGUGGCGAACCCCUUCCACCUCGUCGGUGGAGCCUCGGUCGGUUUGGAAUGGCCAUUAACAUCGGUGCCUUGUGUUUCUUGUUACCAGUGUUUGUGUUCGCUUUCUUCCCCCUGACAUCGACAGUCGAUCGAGAAUCGAUGAACUGGUGCGUGGUGAUGUACGGCGGCAUUAUGCUUAUUGCCAUUCUAUACUACAUCUUCCGCGGCCGGCACGUCUAUGUUCCUCCCGUUGCGCUGGUCAAGCGUGAGAUGUGA